CGCAGAGGCAGACAAGAUGGCGGCGGCGGCGGCACAGGGCGGGAGAACUGGUGGUGGCGGAGGCAGUAGUGGGGCUGGCGGUGGCCCCAGCUGCGGGACAGGCAGUGGCCGCAGCGGCUUGUUGGAUAAGUGGAAGAUUGAUGACAAGCCUGUAAAAAUUGACAAAUGGGAUGGAUCAGCUGUGAAAAAUUCUUUGGAUGAUUCUGCCAAAAAGGUACUUCUGGAAAAGUACAAGUACGUGGAGAAUUUUGGUCUAAUUGACGGUCGCCUCACCAUCUGCACCAUCUCCUGUUUCUUUGCCAUAGUGGCUUUGAUUUGGGAUUAUAUGCACCCCUUUCCAGAGUCCAAGCCUGUUUUGGCUUUGUGCGUCAUAUCGUAUUUUGUGAUGAUGGGGAUCCUGACCAUUUAUACCUCAUACAAGGAGAAGAGCAUCUUUCUCGUGGCCCACAGGAAAGAUCCUACAGGGAUGGAUCCUGAUGACAUUUGGCAACUGUCCUCCAGUCUCAAAAGGUUCGAUGACAAGUACACUCUGAAGCUGACCUUCAUCAGUGGGAGAACAAAGCAGCAGCGGGAAGCUGAGUUCACCAAGUCCAUUGCUAAGUUUUUUGACCACAGCGGAACACUGGUCAUGGAUGCAUAUGAGCCUGAAAUAUCCAGGCUCCAUGACAGUCUCGCCACAGAACGAAAAAUAAAAUAGCCAAUUCUAAAAGUAGCCAUCUUUCUACAGGAUCAUGUGAAAUUACGGGGUGAGAUUGAAAGAAGCAGAGAACUUAAAAUGGAUAAAGUAAGAAAUGUUAAAAAUAUCCCUGUUUUGUCCUGAAAUUGUAGUCCAUUCUGUAUAAAUAGGAUUUUCUAGCUCAGAUGUGAGAAAUUUUAGCUCUGAUAAUCUAGCUGUAGCCUCCUUGGUCUGCUGAUUGCACUGUUUUUAUUUGCUUUUCUGGAAAAGCAUUUUUGCUAAAAGCCGUCCAGUCUUUCUCCUUCAUAUGUAGCAGGAUAGCUUUGUGCCAGGCAGCAUUUGAAAACUCAGGUUUUGAGAUUGCUGCUCUGUUGCUGACUUUAUUGUGUUAAUUCCUGUUUCAACCUCUGCUUCCUUUGAUUCAGGAUACAACUUCUUGUGUACAUCUUUACACACCAUUUUUGUGUGUGUAUAUAUCUGACUUGGAGAGAAUUGGAGGGGGGGGGAAACACAGCUUUUUAAUUUGUUUAAAACAGACCUGCCUGUUACAUUUUGUGCUCUUAAUCAAUUAAAGAAGCGCCAAUGACAUUUUUAGUUUUAUAUUGUCUAUGUUUUUCACUAGUAUAUCCAUGUUGAUUUGCUUGUGUCCUUUAUUAACUGCCAUUUUCUAAAAUUUUUUUCAAUAAAAGGAAAGAAGCUGUGAAAAA